GUGCAAGCCUACAUUCCUUUCAUGGCUACGUAGAUAGGCUCAACUAAAAAAGUUGAAAAAUCGACUAUUUUCUUUACAGCCUGUUAGUAUUUGUAGCUAUUAGCUGCUUUAUUCCGAGAUGACUACGUCGGAUGUUGCUCAGGGGGACAAAAAUGCCCGGCCUCUGUCCUUGUCUGGCCAUGUUGGCUUCGACAGCCUACCUCACCAGCUGGUCAACAAAUCAACAUGUCAAGGUUUCUGCUUCAAUAUCCUCUGUAUUGGCGAAACGGGUAUUGGAAAAUCCACCCUAAUGGACACACUGUUCAACACAAACUUUGAGAACUUUGAGUCGUCUCACUUCGAGCCCAAGGUGAAGCUGCGAGCGCAGACCUAUGACCUGCAGGAGAGCAACGUGCGACUCAAGCUGACCAUCGUCAACACAGUGGGCUUUGGGGACCAGAUGAACAAGCAGGAGAGCUACCAGCAUGUUGUGGACUACAUUGACACCCAGUUCGAGUCGUAUCUACAGGAGGAGUUGAAGAUCAAGCGGUCCCUUCACAACUACCACGACUCCCGUAUCCAUGCCUGUCUCUACUUCAUCGCCCCUUCAGGACACUCUCUCAAGUCCCUAGACCUGGUCACCAUGAAGAAACUGGACAGCAAGGUCAACAUCAUUCCUGUCAUCGCCAAAGCAGACACCAUCUCCAAGAGCGAGCUCCACAAGUUUAAGAUCAAGAUCAUGAGCGAGUUGGUCAGUAACGGUGUCCAGAUCUACCAGUUCCCUACCGACGACGAGACAGUCUCCAAGAUCAACACUGCCAUGAAUGGUAUCCUGCCUUUUGCUGUUGUGGGGAGCUCCGAGGAGGUGAAGAUUGGAAAUAAAAUGGUCAAAGCUCGGCAGUAUCCCUGGGGUGUGGUGCAAGUGGAGAACGAGAACCACUGUGACUUUGUGAAGCUGAGGGAGAUGCUGAUCUGUGUGAACAUGGAGGACCUGAGGGAGCAGACCCACACGCGCCACUACGAGCUCUACCGCCGCUGUAAACUGGAGGAGAUGGGGUUCACGGACACAAACCCGGAGAGCAAGCCAGUCAGCCUGCAGGAGACCUAUGAAGCCAAGCGUCACGAGUUCCUGGGAGAUUUGCAGCGGAGAGAGGAGGAGAUGAGGCAGAUGUUUGUCCAGAGAGUCAAGGAGAAGGAGACUGAGCUGAAGGAAGCUGAGAGAGAGUUGCAAGGUAAGUUUGAGCAGCUGAAGAGACUGCACUCUGAGGAGAAGAGCAAGCUGGAUGAGAAGAGAAGGUCUCUGGAGGACGAGAUCAACACCUUCAGCAAGAAGAAAACAGCUGCCGAGCUGCUCCAAGGCCAGUCCUUCAACACGAACGCCAACCUCAAGAAGGACAAAGACCGUAAAAAACUCAUGGGUUCCUGGAUGGAUUCCAUGCGUAGUAAUACCGAUCUCUGGUCCAGGACGUUCCUCACAUGUUACAUUAGCGGAACACGCACCAUCAACCAGAGCUACGUUAUAUCCACGCAUGUGUUACAUUCCAAUCACUGAGGUAUUAUUGAAAUUACUUUUUUUUUAACACUUAUUGUAUGCCUUACUGCCACAUACCUUGUAUUUUAUUCAAAUGCUCAAUGACCUUUCUGAAUCGAACACUACAUCAAAUGGUUUUGACACAAGGCACCUCGGGAUAUAUUGCCAAUAUACCACGGCUACGGGCUGUGUCCAGGCACUCCACGUUGCGUCGUACGUAUGAACAUUCCUUUGCCAUGGUAUAUUGGCCAUAUACCACACUUCUUUGGUCCUUUUUGCAUAGAAAUAGUAUGUCGUGUGUGUGGAAUGAUUGACGUUAUAAUUGCCAGACAUAUUUUCCCUCUCAGAAAGGAUAGCUUCGAAAAUAACUUGUGUAAUUUAAGCGUUUUUUUGUACACAGCUUUUUUCUUAACUCUCAAAUAUGAACUGACGUUUGUUCUUAGGUGUGAAGGGUUUAUAUCACCAAAAAUAAAACAUGAUAACGUU